AUGACUGAGGCAGGAGAUUUGGCAAACAGUGAGAACCUAAGAAUGAAAUAUUUCCCCAGUUCUUUAACGAAGAAUGCCUUCACGUGGUUUACAACUUUGCCACCAAAUUCCAUAGACACUUGGCCUCAUUUGGAGAGAUUAUUUCAUGAACAAUUCUACAUGGGUCAAACUAAGAUAAGUCUUAAGGAAUUAGCCAGUAUUAAAAGAAAAUUCACUGAACCUAUAGAUGAUUAUCUGAAUAGGUUCCGUUUUUUGAAAUCUAGAUGCUUUACAGUAGUGCCUGGACAUGAAUUGGUCGAAAUGGCCGCUGGAGGGUUAGACUAUUCCAUUAGGAAAAAGUUAGAUACCCAGUAUCUAAGAGAUAUGGCCCAAUUAGCAGACAGGGUUCGACAGGUCGAACGUUUAAAAGCUGAAAAGGACAGAGCGAAUAAGAAUUAUAAGAAAGAAAGGGUUGCUUAUGUCGAAGUCGAAGAUGAGGAGUUUGAAAUCUCUAAUGACCCUUAUGGUCUCGAGGAAUUCGAACUAGAUUUGGAUGAAUUGAAAGAAGCACCACCUUAUGCUUGUAAAUUACUUACACCUUCAAAUGGCAGGAACUCUGUCGAAACUGAAAAGAAUGAUAGAUUUCCUAAAAAGACGUAG